AUUCUCGAGAGAGUUGAAUACAGCAGAGCGAGUUAAACAAACCCUAGCCGAUUUUUGUGAAAAAACAAUCAUCACUCUACUUUCCUCUCCACUAUUAUAUUAUAUUAAAUAUUUAAAUUGUAAAAAAUGGCAUUUAACGCAAAGAAAGCCAAACAAAAACAAGCUGGUAUUGAUGACAUGGUCCUCUUACCAAAAUUAUCAGAGAAUGAAGUUAUGGAAAAUCUUAAAAAGAGACAUGGUUCGGAUGUGAUUUAUACCUACAUUGGAAAUGUCUUGAUUUCUGUCAAUCCUUUCAAACAAAUUCCUAUUUUUGAUCAAAAUUUCAUUGAUCAAUACAAUGGAAAGUAUCCAUAUGAAGAACCUCCACACGUUUAUGCUCUUGCUGAAACUGCUUACAAAAACAUGAAGAAUAAUGGUGAUUCACAGUGUGUUAUCAUUUCAGGUGAAUCUGGUGCUGGUAAGACUGAAGCUUCCAAGUUAAUUAUGCAAUAUAUUGCUGCUGUUUCUGGUGAUGGUGUUGGUGUUGAUCGUGUGAAGAGAAUUAUCCUCGAGUCCAAUCCAUUGUUAGAAGCUUUUGGUAAUGCCAAAACUGUUCGUAACAACAAUUCAUCUCGUUUCGGUAAAUUCUUUGAAAUUCAGUUUGAUGAUAGAGGUGAUCCAAUAGGUGGUAAAAUUACCAACUAUCUCUUGGAAAAAUCCAGAGUUGUCUAUCAACAAGCUGGUGAACGUAACUUCCACAUUUUCUAUCAAUUGUGUGCAGGUGCUUCUAAGGAAGAAAAGGAAGAAUUUGCCACAACCAAUGCUCACGAUUUCUACUACUUAUCACAAUCUGGUUGUUACAAUGUUGAUGGUAUUGAUGAUGCUGAAGAAUAUCAAUUGACUAGAAAGGCCAUGGACGUUAUUGGUAUUACAAAGGAAGAACAAUCAAAUAUCAUGAGAAUGGUUGCAGGUAUCUUGUGGCUUGGUAACAUUACAUUUAGAGAAGCUGGUAAAGGAUCUGUUGUUGAAGAUUCAGGUACUUUGGAUUAUGCUGCCUAUUUACUCAAUGUUGCUUCUGAUAAGUUGCAAUUUGCCUUGUUGAAUAGAAUUAUCAAAUCAGGUAAUGAAGAAAUUACAGUUUCUCAAUCACCUGCUCAAGCUGCCAACAUUCGUGAUGCCUUGGCUAAGGUAUUAUAUGCUAGAUUGUUCGAUUGGUUGGUUAAACGUAUCAAUGAUGCCAUGGAUACAAAGAAGAAUACUUUGAUUUUAGCUGUUUUGGACAUUUAUGGUUUUGAAAUCUUUGACAAGAAUGGUUUUGAACAAUUCUGUAUCAAUUAUGUCAAUGAAAAAUUGCAACAAAUCUUUAUUGACUUGACACUUAAAGCAGAACAGGAAGAAUAUACUCAAGAAGGUAUCAAAUGGGAACCAAUUCAAUACUUUAACAAUAAGAUUGUCUGUGAUUUGAUUGAAGAAAAGAAUCCACCUGGUAUCUUUUCCAUUCUCGAUGACACUUGUAACACUACUCACUCUAUGGAAGCUAGAGCUGCUGAUGAAAAAUUCUUGACACGUUUGCGUGAAGUUGUCAAUAAUCCUCACUUUGUUGGUCGUACCAAUGAAUUUUCAGUUAAGCACUAUGCUGGUACUGUCGAUUAUAACAUUGAUGGUUUCACUGAUAAGAAUAAGGACGUUCUCUACAAGACCUUGAUUCAAUGUAUGCAAUCUACAACCAAUUCUUUCAUUAGAAAGUUCUUCCCUGAAAAUGUCAAUGAAAAUGAUAAGAAGAGACCUGAAAGUGCUGGUUUUAAGAUUAAGAAUUCUGCUGUGGAAUUGGUUGCAACAUUGAAAAAGUGUGAACCUCACUAUAUUCGUUGUAUUAAACCAAACGAAACCAAGCAACCUCGUGACUUUGAUACCAAACGUGUACUCCAUCAAGUCAAAUAUUUGGGUUUGUUGGAAAAUAUUCGUGUGAGAAGAGCUGGUUUUGCAUUCCGUGCUCCAUUCCAAAAGUUCUUGAACUCCUUCUCUGUCCUCUCUAAAAAGACAUGGCCACAAUGGAAGGGUGAUCCACGUACUGGUUGUGAAACCAUUUUGAAGGAUAUGGGCAUUGAUCAAGGUGAAUAUCAAAUGGGUAAAACUAAAAUCUUUUUGAGAAAGCCAGAUACUCUCUUUGGUUUGGAAGAAAGUAAGGAACGUUUAUUCCACGACAAUGCUACUCAAAUGCAAAGAUUGUGGCGUAACUACAAGUUGAAACGUUACUUUAUCAAGUUGAGAAAUACCAGUGCUGACUUGUUGGAAGGAAGAAAGCAACGUCGUAGAUUGUCACUCAAUAGAAACUUUUUGGGUGACCAUGCCAAUUAUAUGGAUAAUGCUCAAUUGCAAGAAGUGAUGAAAAAGCAAGGUCGUAAAGAUGAUGGUGGUGUUGUCUUUGGUGAUAUUUUCAUGAGACCAAAGAAGAAACUCUUGAAGGGUGUCACUUUCGACAAGAUUUGGGGUCUAUUGACCAAUGAGGCCUUGUACUUUAUCCAUCGUGAAAAGGUCAAGAAGCAAUUCAUUAUGGACAUGUUGUGUAGAAUUUCCAUGAAUCAAAUUCAAUGUGUUUCCAUGUCUCAAUUGUCUGACAAUUGGCUUGCCAUUCAAAUCAAUGAUCCAAACAUUGAUGACUUAUUCUUGGAAUGUGAAAACAAGACUGAAUUUUUGGCCAUUUUGAACGAUCAAUACAGAGCCAAGAUGAAUCGUGAUAUUCCUCGUACCUUUGAAAAUAUGUUGUCCUUCACUGAGAAUAAGAAGAAGAAGACUGUUAAGAAGGCAGAAUUUGUAUUGGAUCCAAAGAGCAAGUUAGCCAACGUUUCUGGUUCUGGUUCUGGCUACAAGAUUGGUAUUGCUGAUGGUUUACCAGCAAGUUCCCAACCAAAGAAGGUCGAAGUUAAGAUGCAAGCCUAUCAAGCCAACAAUCAACCAAAACAAAUUGGUCACAGAAUGUCAUUAUUGGAAACUGCACCAAUUCAAGAAUCAACCUACCUAGCUCAACAACAAGAACAAGGCGGUGGUGCAUAUAAGAAGAAGUUACCACCUCCACCAAAGAAGGAUGAAAAGCCAAAGGUUAAGGUAUUGUACAAUUAUCAAGCUUCAGCUGACGACGAGUUGACUCUUCGUGAAGGAGAAAUUAUUACCUUGUUAGAUAAAGAUCCAUCUGGUUGGUGGGAAGGUGAAAAACAAGGAAAGAGGGGACUCUUCCCUGGUAAUUAUUGUCAAGAAAUCUAAGUUUUCUUGAUUAUUUCACCCAGUUUAUCAAAAAUUAAAUUUUUAAUAAUAAAAAAUAGAUUAAAAAAUUAU